GCGGUGAAAGGCGGCUCAACGGCCGAGGUCCACUACCAUGCAUCACUGGCUCCGCUUCGGCGGGGUCGGUUGCUUAGCCAGCGACAUCCACCGCGCGAUAAGCGUCUUAUCAAACCAUCCCGAUUGGCCAACACCGGCAAGUGGGGACUCCGCUGGAUGGUUUGA